CUUUGUGCUGGGAUCAAGGGUCCGUUUCCAUCUGGCUCCGGCCGCCCCAUUCCCCGCCCCAUGGACUCCAACCCUGGCUGCUCUCAAAGCCAGCAGGAGGUGGUGACGCAUGGCCAGGGAAUGCCGGCUGGGAAGGGGGGAUUGUGCACAGACAGUGCCAUGGCCGCAGCCCCCACUCUCCUGCUCUGGGCUGCCCUGGCCCUCGGCGCCCGGGCCAACGAGCUGGUGGCCAGCACCCGGGCGGGGCGGGUGCGGGGCCUGCGGGUGCCCGUCCUCGCGGGCCAGGUCUCUGCCUUCCUGGGCAUCCCCUAUGCCGAGCCCCCCGUGGGCAAGCUGCGCUUCCGCCGGCCGGAGCCCAAGGGAGCCUGGGGCGGGGUGCUGGAUGCCGGCGCCUACCGCCACGCCUGCUACCAGUACGUGGACACCCUCUACCCCGGCUUCCCCGGCACCGAGAUGUGGAACCCCAACCGGGAGAUGAGCGAGGACUGCCUGUACCUCAACCUCUGGGUGCCCUCCCCACGCCCCAGAAACGCCACCGUGCUGGUGUGGAUCUAUGGGGGUGGCUUCUACAGCGGCUCGGCCUCGCUGGACGUCUACGACGGGCGCUACCUGGCCUACGCCGAGCAGGUUGUGGUGGUCUCCAUGAACUACCGGGUGGGGGCCCUCGGCUUCCUGGCCCUCUCGGGCAGCCAGGAGGCGCCGGGCAACGUGGGGCUGCUGGACCAGCGGCUGGCCCUGCAGUGGGUGCAGAGCAACGUGCAUUACUUUGGGGGCAAUCCCAAGGCGGUGACCAUCUUCGGGGAGAGCGCCGGGGCCGCCUCGGUGGGCAUGCACCUGCUCUCGCCCGGCAGCCGCCCGCUCUUCCACCGCGCCAUCCUGCAGAGCGGGGUGCCCAACGCCCCCUGGGCCACUGUGCCCCCGGCCGAGGGCCGGCGCCGGGCCGGCCAGCUGGCCAAGCUGGUGGGCUGCCCGCCGGGCAACGACUCGGAGCUGGUGGCCUGCCUGCGGGCCAAAACCCCGCAGGAGCUGAUCGACCAGGAGUGGCAGGUGCUGCCCCACCAGAGCGUCUUCCGCUUCUCCUUUGUGCCGGUGGCCGACGGGGACUUCGCCGGCGAGGUGCCCGAGACCCUGCCGGGCGCCGGCAGCUUCAAGGAGACCCAGGCGCUGGUGGGGGUGGUGCGGGACGAGGGCACCUACUUCCUCAUCUAUGGGGUGCCCGGGUUCAGCAAAGACAACGAGAGCCUGAUCAGCCGGGAGGAUUUCCUGGGCGGGGUGCGCAUGGGGGUGCCCCAGGCCAACGAGCUGGCGGCCGAAGCCGUGGUGCUGCAAUACACCGACUGGCUGGACCAGGACAACCCAGUGAAGAACCGGGAGGCCAUGGACGACAUCGUGGGGGACCACAACGUGAUCUGCCCCGUCACCCACUUCGCCCUGCGGCUGGCUGAGCGGGGCGCCCGGGUCUACACCUACUUCUUCGACCACCGGGCCUCCAACAUGCUCUGGCCCCCCUGGAUGGGGGUGCCCCACGGCUACGAGAUCGAGUUCGUCUUCGGCCUGCCCCUCGACCCCGGCCUCAACUACACAGCCGAGGAAGCCACGCUCAGCCGCCGGAUGAUGCGCUACUGGGCCAACUUCGCCCGCACCGGGGACCCCAAUGAAUUGUCAGAGAGGGGAGCACGCUGGCCCCCCUACACCCCACGGCAGCAGCAGUACGUACAACUGAAUCCGCGACCCCUGGCUGUGGGGCAGGGGCUCCGGGCCCAGGUCUGCGCCUUCUGGAACCGCUUCCUGCCCAAACUGCUCAACAUCACUGAUAACAUCGAGGAGGCCGAACGGCAGUGGCGGCUUGAGUUUCACCGCUGGAGCGCGUACAUGGGCCACUGGAAAAGCCAGUUCGACCACUACAGCCGACAGGACCGCUGCUCGGAGCGGUGAGGGGGCGGCCCCCCGACAGCCCCCCACCUGCCCUCAACCCCCCCCAGCCCUCCACCGCUGCUCCGAGCGGUGAGGGGGCAGCCUCCUGUCAACCCCACCCCCCUCAGCCCUUCACCGACCCCUCUCCCACUGUCCCCCACACCCCUCCCCCAGUCUCCUCCCCAGCCCCCCUGUCUGGACCCCCAGCCAUGGGGAAAGGGGGGUUUAACCGGACUGUGCAAUCUGAGACCCCCACCCCCCAAGUCAACGGUGUGUGUGUGUGUCACCCCCCCGCCCAUAUCUGUAUAUAAUGGUUAUUUCUGAGAUUUGUGAGAAAUAGAUAAAUAUCUAUAUUAUAUACGUAGCACCCCGAGUCGCUGCCCGUGAGCCCCAUGCUGCCCCCAACCCCUCCCCCACUAACCCCAACCCCCCCACGCUGACCCCCAACUCCCAGCCCCCAACCCUUCCCCACACUGACCCCCCCAACUCCCAGCCCCCAACCCCUCCCCACACGGACCCCCAACCCCGCCCCAUGCCGACCCCCAACUCCAAGACCCAAUCCCUCCCCACACAGACCCCCAACUCCCAGCCCCCAACCCUUUCCCACACAGACCCCCAACCCCUCCCCAUGCGGACCCCCAACUCCCAGCCCCCGACCCCUCCCUGCACUGACCCCAACUUCCAGCCCCCCAACCCUUCCCCAUACUGACCCCCAACUCCCAGCCCCCUCUCCCAAUACUGACCCCCCACACUGACCCCCAACUCCCAACCCCUCCCUGCGCUGACCCCAACUCCCAGCCUCAACCCCUCCCCACACUGACCCCCAACUCCCAGCCCCCAACCCCUUCCCACACUGUCCCCAACCCCUCUCCAUACUGACCCCCAACUCCCAGCCCCCCUCCCAAUACUGACCCCCCACACUGACCCCCAACUCCCAGCCCCCAACCCCUCCCCACACUGACCCCAAACUUGCCAAAUACCCCUUCAUCCCCCCAAUGAAGGGUUCCCUCCUGAAGCCCCCCAGCCCUCCCCAUAUAUAUUACCUGGGUCCUACAGCUGCUUCCCCCGACUGUCCCCCAAGUCCUGCCCCAGCCCCACCUCCCCUCAAUCCCACCCCUGCCCCAUGUCAGGGCUCCCCCAGCAGCCCAUGAAGACUCAGCGGGAAGCUGCACCAACAAGUAGGGGGCUGCUCGGAGGCCCCCUCCCCUCAUCAACCUGCAUGGCCAAUAUGCAGAGCCCUCCGGGCCGACCUGUGUGUGAACCGUCCAAUAAAAGAUUUAAAGACA